AUGGCUGGUCCACAACCAAGUUUUCCAAAACAAGAACAAGAUUCACCCGGUUAUGAUUGUAAAAUGGAUCCAGUUCCAGAUUAUGGUCUCAAUAGUUAUAAAGGUACUGGAAAACUUCAAGGAAAAAUUGCUAUUAUUACUGGUGGUGAUUCUGGUAUUGGUCGAGCUGUUGCUUGGGCAUUUGCACGUGAAGGUGCAACAAUUGUUAUUUCAUAUUUAAAUGAACAUGAAGAUGCAAAAGAAAUUCAACAAGCUAUUGGUAAAAUUGGUCAAGAAUGUAUUGUAGUGCCGGGAGAUAUCAGUCAAGAAGAACAAUGUAAAAAAAUUAUUGAUAUAACAGUAUCAAAAUUUCAACGAAUUGAUAUAUUAGUAAAUAAUGCUGCAUAUCAAGGAAAACAAUUGUCUGAUAUAACAGAACUUACAUAUGAUAGAGUUGAAUAUACUUUUAAAACAAAUAUUAUUGUCAUGUUCGAUUUGGUGAAAUAUGCAGUACCACAUAUACCUAAAGGUGGAGCUAUUAUUAAUGUUAGUUCAAUACAAGCUUAUGAUCCAUCAGCAGAAAUUUUAGAUUAUGCUACAACAAAGGCUGCCAUUGUUGGUUUUACUAAAGUUAAUUGUGUUGCGCCUGGACCUGUUUGGACUCCAUUAGUUGUUGCAUCAUUUCCAAAAGAUAAAAAUGCUAAAUUUGGCGAAGGUUAUCCAAUAAAACGACCAGCACAACCACGUGAAUUAGCACCAGCAUUUGUUUUCUUAGCAUCAGCUACUGAUUCAUCUUAUAUAUCUGGUGAAAUUCUUGCUGUAACUGAUGGUGAACCAACAGUUUAA